AUGACAGAAGAAGAAAUAAUAGCCGAAACAGGUUCCAAUACUGAAUCUGAAUAUGAUGAACAAGCAGAACUUCUUGAGAAAAAAACAGCUCAAGAAUUAUUUGAUAUGGGAAAUCUCGAAUUUAAGGAAAACAAAAAUUAUGAUGUAGCUGCCGAAAGAUUUUCUAUGGCUGUUGAAAAAAAGGUAAAAGAAUUAAAUGUAGAAGACAGUCUUCAUCCUGAUUUAAGGGAAUAUUAUUUAUGCUUUGCUGAUGCAUUGCUAACUAAAGAAGAAGAAAAAAACGACUUAUUCGAAUUUUUAAAAAAAAAAAAAAGCGUUGAAGUCACCGAAGAAGAAGAUGGUACUAGCAAAGAGGAAGUCACAGACGAACAGUUGGCCUUUGAAAUGUUUGAAUUUUCAAGAAAAUGCUAUGAAAUGCUAUUAGAACAGAAAAAGGAAUUAUCACAAAAGGAUUUACUAAACUACUCGUACGUGUUUAUCAGAUUGGGUGAUAUAAGUUUGUUGAACCACUUUUUCGAAGAAGCCUUAAAGGAAUACGAAAAAUGUGUGAACUUAAGAGAGGAGCACAAAUUGGGUGAUGAAAAUCUUAUAGCCCCAUUAAUAUCUCUUUCGCAAAGUUACAUGUUUUGUGGAAAAAGAAAAGAGGCAGUCGAUUAUUUUGAAAAGGUCAAGAAAAUUUUAUUAGACGUUAGACAAAAAACAACCCCAUUGCCAAAAAAUACUAACGAAAAAAUAAUCAGAGAUACUUAUGAUGAUGUUCAAAUUCAAAUUAAUGAUUUGAAACGACAAAUAGAAGAAGAAGGAGAAGAAGGAACAGAGCAAGGAAGUCAAACAAUUGCCAAGGAAUUAGUAAUUACUACAAAGUCUGAGUUUGAUAAAGCCGUACUUAACAAUGCCGAAGUCAAGAAAAUCACAGUUUCUAAUAUUGAAGGCGAUGAGCAUGUUAGUAAAAAAAGAAGAAUUAACUUAUCUAACUAUAAAAAUUAA